CGCAAAAGUCGCCAUUACACUUUAGCUUCAUCUAUUCACUUGGAAAGUCGUGAUGUGUGGUGUUCUGACCAAGCGUUUUUGACAUUUUAUUAUCGUAAUAGCAAAUGAUUACGAAAUAUAAACUUGAAGAUAAAUAGCGAUUUUAUAUAUUACAGACAAAUAUAAGAUGGAGCAAGAAUCUAGGCGCAAAGGUCCAAGGAGUCCAAGUGCUGAUUCAGACGAUUCAUCGCAUAGAAGAAGAUCUAGGAAAUACGAUAGAUCUCCAUCUCCCAGACGAUCCAGAUACAGACGAUCUAGAUCGAGAGAUAGAAGAUCGCGUUCAAGUUCUCGAGAUAGAAGAAGAAAAGAAAGUAAUCGAUCUCAACAAGACUGGAAACAAGCUGCGUCCUCGCAGUCUCAAAACGCUCCUAAUUCUGCUGGUUCUAGUAGUUAUGUUUCUGCUGUUCAUAAUCAAUACCAGGCUCCUCCACCACCGAAUACAAGUCAACCGCCACCCCCUUUACCUGCAUAUAAUCAAGGAUACAACAACUACAACUAUAACUAUGGACAAGGAUAUGAUUACAGCUAUCAACAACCAACAAGUUAUCGCAGUGAUUAUCCUCCACCAAAUUGGCAAGGAAAUCAGGUACCAUAUAACAGCCAACAACCACCACCACCCCCUACACUUACUACACAACAAGAAUCAUCACGAGCUGUGGAUAGUGGAUCUUCUGGUUUAUUAACAUCUUUGUCAAGACCUGAAGAUGCUAAAAAAGAAGCCAUCGCAGCUGAAGUGAAACAACAAAAAGCAACGUUAGGAAAGCAGCGUGAAGAAUAUGUCAAGAAAUCUGCAACAUUACAACGUGAGCUGGAAAUUUUACGACAGCAAUGUGAUGAAAUUGGUAAAGAAGGUGGAAGAGAAAAUAAUCGCAUAAUUAAAGAAAAUCAAAAACUUCAGAUUGAAAUACAAAACAAAAUGAAGUCAAUACAUAAUGUAAUUGAUAUGCUCACUGGAAUUAUUGGCGAUAAAGUCACGGUAGAUGAUUUAAAAAGCAAGUUUAAAUUGGAAUUGAAUAAACGUUCAAAAAGUCCAAAAGAAGACUUCCCUACAGGAAAAUCUGAUUCACCCGACAGAUCAUCAGCUACGGAUUCCGAUAAAGAAUGCAAAGCUGAUAGAGAUGGUAGAGAAAGACGAUCUCCCGAAGAUUCUAAACCUAUGUACAAUUUCGUGCAUUACGAUCCAGAAAUGCAUUGGUGCAAAGUUUGCGAUAUAUUUCCUAAAACGGCUAAGGAAUAUUUGAAUCAUCUACAUAGCAAUGAGCACAAAGAAGUUUGCUUAGAACGCAAGAUAGUUGAUAUGCCAUGGCAUGAGCAGAAUGGAGAGGGAACAGAAAAAGAAGUGCCCUAUUAUCCUGGACUACCAACGAAAAGAACACCAAUCAAAGGACUACAGUUCUUCAGUGCAGCAACUGCAUGGUACUGCAAUCUCUGUUAUUCCUGGAUUGGAGAUCUUCAUUGCGCGAGUUUGCAUCUGAAAUCUAAGAGGCAUUCUGAGAAUUUUUCUCGUUUUGUUGAACAAAAUCCGCAUUGGGAAACUGACUGGAUGGCAGAUCGUGAGAAAGCUUUUUCUGAGGAGAAGCACAAACAAAUACAAAUGGAAUUACAAAAACAAAAGGAUGACGAUCCACCGCCAAAGUCCAAAAAAUCUAAGAAGAAUAAGAAGAAGUCAAAAAAGUCCAAGAAACGUAGAAACAGGAGUAGUGCUAGCGAUACUUCUAGUGAAUCAGACAAUUCUGAAUCUGAUUCCGAUCAAGAUAUGUCCAAAAGUAUACGAGUAGCUAUGAGAAAUAAAAUGAAAGCUUCUACUCAAGCAAUCCUAAAUGAAGAAAUCGAUUAUCAUAGAAUCAAAUUAAAAGGUCAUUGGUCAAAAAAUGCACCAGCUCAUCAAGCGACUACUCCAGAACAACAACCCGUAGAACCGGAUGAUCGACAACUUUUAAAUUCAAUAAGAGAUAAAUUGAAGGCAAAGCAGGAAGAAGAAAUUAAAUCGAUAAGUAACAGAACUCAAAGUCAAGAAAAAAUGAUAACGGAAGAAGAAGAAGAAGAAGAGCAAGAACAAAGUGGUUUCUCUAAAAAAUCAGACAAUUUGGAAGCAUGGGGUCCAAAAGAACCACCAAAACCAUUUUGGAUUAAAAAAGAAGAAGACAAAGUACAGCCGUUACCGAGUAAACCAAUCGAAUUACCUAAACCAGAAGAAAUGCCUAAACCUCACAUGGGUUUCUGGACAAAACAGCAAGUGAAUAUGACUUUGAAGCCAUCGGAAAGCAAAAACACUGAAAAAGAAGAAGAAAGAGAACGCGAGAGAGACAGGUAUAAAGAUGAUCGUGAUCGUAAAUACGAUAGGCGAGAAGACAAAUAUGAUCGAUACAGUAGGUACGAAAGAAGACGAGGAAGAGAUCGAGAUAGGGACAGAGAAAGGGAUCGAGAAAGACGAGAAGACAGGGAAAGGGAUUAUUACGAGGAAAGACGAAAACGAGAUGUAAAUGAGUCACCGAGACGAGAAAGAAGCUGGCGUGAUAGUCCUAAGAGAAAUUAUGAAAAAUAUGAAAAAGAUAGAAGAGAAGAUAAUUCCUCGAAUGAUGAAUCGAAAUUUGAGAAAAAGACAAAUGAAUCAGCUUCUAAAUCAAAAAAGGGUGGUGUUCAAUCGAAAAAGUCAGCACAGGUGGCAAAAGGAAAAUUACCUUUCAUUGGUAGAUUACCAUUGUUUAAGAAAAAGACAGAAGAGCCAAAGUUACCUGAAAAAGAUAUUGCUCCAUUGCCUUAUCAACAAAGCAAAUUUGAAGAUACUCCUAAAGUUCCCAAUGAAAUAAUUAAUCCACCGGGAGUAGUACAUAUAACAAAACUGGCAACGCCAGUUAAUUUAAAUAAUAAUGCUAAUCAAGCAAAUAAGACUCCGCCAAUGAAGAUAUUAGUUGCUCCACCACCACCUGUUUUAAAUGAAUCAAAACCGACGCAACAGGUUGUCGAUAUGGAAAUUGAAGAUCAGUCUGAAGAAACUGUCAUUGAACAACCAAUAAUAGAACAACAAAAACAAACUCAAAGUACAACAAAAGUGACGGUACCUUCUCAUCCUCCUCCUCCUUUAAAUCGACCACCACCAUCUUUCCCUCCAAAUCAACAACAACAACAACAGCAAUCUUCAUCACAACAACCAACAUCACAGCCGCAAUCACAGCCACAAGUACAGGCACAACAACCACAACAACAACCUCAACAACCACAUAUACAAAAUAGGCCAACAUUUACUCCAGCAAGACCUAUGCCACCCCCGUUUAUGUCUACUCCGCCGCCAUUUAUGCAACCUGCACCACGUUUCCCACCUCAUCAAGUAUUGCGACCUCCUAUGCAACCACAUCCGCCAUUUAUUACAAAUCCUCCACCACAAAUUCAAAGUCCACCAACCUUUAUUACGAAUCAUCAAAAUCCUCCACCCCCUACGCUACCCUCGGUGGAAACAGUAACUCAUGAUAUAUCGGAUAUACCAGAGCCUACCGAGAAACGACCAGAUCCAAGCAUUCCUUUACCUGACGACUUACAAGAAGCUUUGAAUAUUAUUUUUCCUAAAGAAGAAACAGCUGAGAGUAAGCAGCAAAGUCAGCAAGAUAGUAAUGUUAUGUAUUCAUCUAUGUACAGUAUGUUAGGCUGUGUUGGAUAUGGACCAGAAUACAUGGAUCAACCACCUCCUGAAAUAACUCAAGCGGAAGCUGAAGCUGAUACGCAACCUGGGCCUGAUGAUUUAAAGAUGUUAGGUAUCGAUGAAGGAGACACGAUUCUAUAACAUUGUUCAUAGAUAAUUUAAUCUUGGCAUUAAAAUUUUAAAAAAAUUUUCUAUGAUAAGGCAAAUUUAAAUAAAAGCCAUUCUUAGAUACAUCAUUUUAAUUAAUUGUCUUAAUCUUAGAAACUAUUCAGCUAUUAUUUUGCUUUAAGAGUUUCAUUAUGUUGUUCAUCAAUACUAUGGAAGAAAAUGUAUGACAUAAUAAGAAUUUGAAUGACUAUUAUUAUGAUCAUUCGACACGCAACUAUUUCAUGGAGGAAUUUUAAUCAAUGUCAUUUACUGUUAUUAUGCCAUUUCUUGUAAACACAAAUAGAGUUUUCA